AUGCCCACCGUCUUGAGCAAGUUCACUGAUGGCGAGAUUCUCCCCCACGAUCCCCAACCGGCUGCACCUGCACAUGGACAGGACGCCAGUUCUGAAGUGCACACUCAGCUGCCCGAUGAGCCUCAGAUGAGCCGACCUGAGAUCGAAGAGCUUCAGGCGUACGAAACUGAGCUCAAAGCUGAGAAAUUCCUCCAAGACACUGUACACUUAGCCACAAUGCAGUAUGCCACAGGCGAACCCCGAGUAUCAGAGCCCCUCAACUCUGGAUCACUCACAGUUACUAUGGGGCUGCCUGAGGCAAUCAGAUCUGCAGAUCAAGACAUCGCCGCAACCCAGUCCAAGUCAGAUGAUUGGGACGAUCAAAAGGCUGGGCUCACUCUGGGCAAUGGCCAGUUGAGGCUGAAGAUUGAGGACUGGCAGACCCCUAGUCCGAAAUUCGCUUUGGAGAACAACCCCAAGGGUAACCCCAAGUGCGAGCUUCACGGGGAAAUUGCAAGCCCUGAAAUGAUACACGUUGACUUUAAGGUCCCCGCCAGCUACCCAGGUGGCAUGAUAGGUAUCAUGCAAGUGAUUGAAGCACUCUUCAUGUCUCCAAAAGCGAUUGCCAUGAGCAACAUCGAGACCGGUUCUGCAGCGGCUCGCCGAGAGUCGAAGAACCCGAAAAGAGAUGGCUAUCAUAUCAAAUGGACAAUCCCAUGGGAGACGUCCGGCUGCCGUGUAAGCUGGACGAAGGCGAAAGAAAAUUCGCCAACCGUGAGAUUUAAGUUUGUGAGUGGGCGGGAUGCGAAACCCGAUGAACAGAUGAUAGUCAGCGUUGAUGAGCGUGACGACUUUUAUCAGAUAAUCUCUAAGAAAGACCCUAACACUUACGGCAAAUGCAUGGCACUUCCAGUCCGAAUUUGGCUGCGCAUUCAAUGGCUGAUAUCAGAGGCCGGCGGCAGUGAAAGCAAACUGUUUGGGAAGUUGCUUGUCGAGAACAAUUCCCUUUCUUCUACCAAGAAGAAUAAAGGGAAGACAGCAUCAAAGGAAUUCCCAAAGAGUGCACCGGAAUCUUUUACAGCUGAAGAAGGAAGUUCUGAGGACGGAAAGUCAGAGGUGUCAGCUAUGCCGAGUCCAGAGCAGUCAGUGUUAGGGCAAGAACAUACGAUGGAGACUGUGGGGAGUCAAGAGUUGACCGAAGAAGAGUCGAUCCAAGAAGAGUUGCCUCAAGAAGAGCUGCCCCGUGAAGAGUCGACCCAGGAAGAUUUCACGCAGCAUGAGUCGAUCAAGCAAGGAUCAAUCGAGCAAAAGUCAACCUUGAAAGAGUUGACCAGAAGGGUUUCUACGCUCACGAUUGAUACCCAGAAGAGCAACAAAAGGUCAAAGGGCAAGGGUAAAGGGAAGGGUAAGCGCACGCCUGGUUCGUCUCGCUCCAACACAGGAAAGAAGGAUGCAGUCCACGUCACCGAUCACAUCACCGAUCACCUCCAACGUGGUGACAACCAGCGUGACGCCUUACUUCUGGGAGUGCAGGACAUCGCUCGACAGGAUGUCCCGACUCAGCAGCAACUUGCGGCAGUUGCUGGCCAACAAACAGUCAAUGCCUCCCGGUCCCCUAUUACUCCUAAUGACUUGACUUCCCCAUUUUCUCCAUCAUUUGAGACACCCCGAACCCACUUCUCCCCCCACACUCCCCACCCCUCAUCCUCACUUUCAUCUUUCUUCACACCUGCCUCGCGGAAGAAAGAGGAUGGGGGGAAAGGGGAAGUAAAAGCGGAAGAAAAAGAGCCAGCAGAGACCUCAGAUGAGCUGUGCUUUGCUCCGCCGGGGGAUGAGGUUGGGCUUCGGUGCCCUGUCUCGGACAGCGGGGAUGAGAUGUGGCGUUCUGAUCCUGGAGAGUACCUUGGCGGCCACAAGAUGCAGGAGUCAGUCUUGCGUCGACGUGUGUCUUUUGAUGUGGCCAGUCUAGGACUCUCCAGGGGCCAUGAAACUACAUACUCGUCCCCAACGGCCGACCCUCCAUCGACCUCCUGUGCGUCUUCUGCCUUGUCCACCACAGACUCGGCUGGGUUUGGGACAGACGAUCCCAGUUCAGAUGGCACCGUCCAGCUAGGUGAUCAAAGCCCGGCCGAGUCUAGCCGAUCUGGCAGUAAGACUGCAUACAACAAGAGGAAGCACCUGAGACGGCGGCGCAAGCACUUGAUGAAGCGUCAGCAAGCGCGCGGUGCGGACUUCGAGAGCCCCGUCUUUAGUGUUUCCUCUCAGGGCGAUGGAGUGGAAGGUCGUUCUCCGUCUCCACCCGAGUCGUUCGAGGAUGAUGAACCAACUCCCACAGCCAAGCAGUUCGGCAACAUCGGGGCCCCUGACCCUGAAUCACAGAUAGACUUGCGCACGAUCAGAAUAGUCUGUCAGGAGAAAGACUGCCAAGUCAUCUGUGGUUUGGGGGAUGGGGUCUCCGUUGUUUGCCCUAAGUGCGGACCGUUUUCCUUGGUCCGCUACUGCGGCAAGCGCCACCUGUGGGAGGAUGUCAAGAGGCACUGGGAGAUUUGCACGAUGCUCCCAGUCCUGGAACAGCACUUGGCCGGUUUGAUUCCGUACGACGAUCUCGUGGGUCCACCAAUGCUUCCCUGCCUUCACCUGUGGGACACGUCUGAGCGCCAUCGUCAGGCGCUGUGGUUCAGUUCCGCCCGCGACCGAGGUGACUACUUCGUGUUCGAGGAACUGAACAACCCGGGGGAGGCAGCGGACGCUCCAGCCAGUCACGCAGGGCUGCGAUGUUCACCUCGAGUCACACACAUUGUGCGAUUCGAGGACGCCGAAGAGAAGGACCGGUUCCGCCGGUGCCUGGCAAUCUGUCUCUUCGCGGCGGUUGAACAUCCAGCCCUCGUGGACUAUCUUUACCGGCUUGUCCGGGACUGGAUGCGGGCUCACAACAUGUGGGCCAGUGACAAGGACAUGGACAGCAUGCUACGCCGCCAGAUGGGAUUCGAGAUGGGAGGUAACACCAUCGACGAGAAUCGUCUUGGUCUGCGGCAUGCUUGUGAGACGGAGUGGGUCGGUGCUGACCGGCGCCACUGCGAGGAUCUGACCUGCGCGAGCGAGCGUCGCCCCACGUUGCUCGGUAACCACCGUAUGGGGUUAGGCUUCCGGAGAGUGUGCGAAUCCCUCGAAUCCAACUAUUGGAUUCUGAGGGCGCACCGAGCCACCCAUCCUUCGGUGAGCGACGUGAUGGCUCGCACGUGCGGGGCAGGGUUCUCGGAGGUCCUUUCAAUGGACCGGCGGGUAUUCUGCCGUGGCGUCGGUUGGGACGGGGCGGGAACGGGCCCCAUGGAGUUGGAAAUGCCGUGGUCAGGGUAG